CUUUUAUGUCGAUCACCUACGUCGAUCACCUGUGUCCCAGGUCAUUAGAGUGGGACAACAGAGAGCGCACAGGUUGAAGGUGAAAGGGAAAUGAUUUAAUAGGAACCUGAGAGGUAACACGCAGGCGGUAGUGGGUGCAUGGACAGAGCUGCCAGAGGAAGUGAUUGAGGCAGGUGCAACAAAAGCAACAUUUAAAAGACAUCUGGACAGAUAAAUGAAUAGUAAAGCUUUGCAGGGAUAUGGACAGAGUGCAGGAACGGGAACUGGUGUAGAGGGAGCAUAUUGGUCGGGUUGGGUGUCGUGCUGAAGGGCCUUCUGCUAUGCAGUGUGACACAGAGUCUGUUGGAGUGGGAGUCGAGGUUUGUGGAAGAGUCAGGUUUUGCUGGGUGGUCUUGCUCUCGAGUGGCUGUGCAGCAUCCUCCUGUCACCUGCACUGUGAGGAGCGGAGAGCGACCUGCUGGCUACCCUGCUGAAUAUCACAUGCAAUCCUGCAGCAGAUUUAACCUCAUCCCCCCUCUGUUGCAGGUCCGGUGCCCGUCCGCUUGGUGAAUGGGAACAACAUGUGCUCCGGGAGAGUGGAGGUCUAUCAUAAUUCCACCUGGGUUACCGCCUGCGACAGGAGCUGGGAUAUCAAUGCGGGGAAUGUGGUCUGCAGGGUGUUGAACUGUGGGACGGCCCGUUUAGUAACAACUGCUGUCUCCUACGGAGAGGCCACUGGGAACAUCUGGCUGGAUGAAGUGACGUGUAACGGGACAGAGCCUGCCCUCGACCAGUGUCCUGCCGGGCCAUGGAGGGUGAAUAACUGCACACACGGAGAGUACGCUGAAGUCUCCUGCUCAGGUCCGGUGCCCGUCCGUCUAGUGAAUGGGAACAACAUGUGCUCCGGGAGAGUGGAGGUCUAUCAUAACUCCACCUGGGUCACCGUCUGCGGCAGGAGUUGGGAUAUCAAUGAGGGGAACGUGGUCUGCAGGGUGUUGAACUGUGGGACAGCCCGGAUAGUAACAGCAGCUGUCUCUGAUGGAGAGGCCACUGGGAACAUCUGGCUAAAUGAAGUGACGUGUAACGGGACAGAGCCUGCCCUCGACCAAUGUCCUGCCAGCCCAUGGAGGGUGAAUAACUGCACACACGGAGAGUACGCUGAAGUAUCCUGCUCAGGUGAGUGUGGGUGGGGAUGCUCCCUCCUUGAUGAGUGGGUUUCAUUGCUCGGGUCAAGAAUUUUACAUUGAAACCGAAAGUGAUGUUAUCCAUAAAUAAAGACAACAUGAAAAUGAGAUGAAGUUGUGGGCAGUGAGGGAGGUUGUGAAUGGAUGCAGCGGGAUAUAGAUUAGUUGGGUAUUAGAGCAGAGAAAUGAUGAUGGAGCUUAAAUGUACAAGAACGAAGUGAUGCAUUGCAAGAGACCAAAUGCACUUGGGAAGUACACAGUAAAUGGCUGGAACCUCAGGAGCAUUGAUAUACAGGGAUAGCGUAGG